GGGUUCAACGAACACGCACAGUCCACAGCCAUGGAGGUCCAAGCCUCACCUCAACCAAUUUGGAGCAACCUUCUCAAGCAUCAACCGCCUCCGGUGCCGGACCACCUCUCUGCCACCUCCUCCGCCCCUCCUAAGUCGACUCAAGGAUUAGCUGUUGGGAGCUGCAAGUCGACUAAGGGAAUAGCGGUAGCAGUAGUGGACGCCAACGCUUUAAUUCAAGGCGGGCAAUCGCUGGCCCCCAUAGCCGACCGUUUCGUUUCGGUUUCUGAAGUUAUCAGCGAAAUUCGUGACCCCACCUCUCGUCAUUCCCUCAAUUGCCUACCUUUCUCGGUUGAUACCUUGGAGCCCUCCCCUGAUGCCCUCAAAAAAGUUAUCCACUUUGCUAGGGCAACUGGUGAUCUGCAGACACUUUCAGAUGUGGAUCUUAAGCUCAUUGCUUUAACAUAUACAUUGGAGGCUCAAACCCAUGGAACCCAGCAUCUCAGAGAUAGUCCUCCACCUAUUCACACUGUUAGUGUAAAAAAGCUGCCUGAAAAAGACAUGCCUGGAUGGGGCUCUAAUGUUCCUAAUCUGGAAGAGUGGGAAGCAUUGGAGCAUGUGGCAGAGGAUGAGUCAAACUACGAGUCAAAAAUUCUUCCCCUGAAAGAUUUGAGCCUGAAUGUAGUUCCCAAAGAUCAACAUAUGGAAGAUGGUUUGACCGGCCAUUGUGGAGAAUGUCAUUCUGAAAAUCAAGAGGUAUCAAAUGGCAAUCUUAGGCGGCAAAAGAAAUACUCGAGUAAGAAAGUUGAGGUUAAGGUUGAAGGGAAGAAGAUGGUGGCAGAUGGAAUUGAUGCAACAAAAGGGGAAUUUGGUGAUGAUGUUGGGGAUUGGCUGCCUGCUGUGAGUCGAAGUACACGUAGAAGAUAUCUGAGAAGAAAAGCUAGACGUGAACUGCAUGGGGCAUUGUCUGAUGAAGUUGUUAAAGAUGAUGCAUCUCAUAAUGUGGAAAGUGGAGAAGUUGAUGACACACAACGCCCUGAGCUGCUAGCGGAAGAAUGUGCUGAAGAGGUUGCUGAUGGGAGUUUAGGUGAGAAUGCCACCAGUGAAGUGAAUGACAAUGAUAAGGAUGUCUCUGCAAUUUUGCACCAAAUGCAUCUUGAUGAAGAAUCUUCGGUUGCUCUUCAUGCUGAUGAGGAUUUGCAAGUACCCUCUAGGGGGCUCAUUUCCAAUGAUUUUGAAGCUACUUCUGAUAAUUCCGAAAGUGCUAUCAUUGGAGGUGAAGGCGAAGUGACAGGGAUCAAUGGUGGACUCGAUAACUUGAGCCUGAAUAGUGAAAGAAUUGGUGCAUCGCUGGAUGAUAAUAGCAGUGAGCAGAGCUGGAUGCUUCGGUCUCUGUCUGAAUCAAGCGUGGCCUGUGUAACUAGUGACUAUGCAAUGCAAAAUGUAAUUCUGCAGAUGGGUUUGCGCCUCCUAGCACCCGGAGGAAUGCAAAUACGAGAGCUGCACCGGUGGGUGCUUAAGUGCCAUGCAUGCUACAAGGUCACUACGGAUAUUGGUAGAGUUUUCUGUCCAAACUGUGGAAAUGGAGGCACUUUGCGCAAAGUUGCUGUUACUGUUGGUGAAAAUGGUAUCAUACUUGCAGCACGUCGACCACGUGUAUCAGUGCGUGGAACAAAAUUUUCCCUGCCUUUACCUCAAGGGGGCAGAGAUGCUAUCACCAAGAAUCCAAUUUUACGUGAAGAUCAGCUUCCGCAGAAGUUUCUGUAUCCAAAAACAAAGAAAAAGAAUAAGCAGGUGGGGGAUGAUAUCUUUGCUUCUGAUGACAUAUUUAUCCACCAUACGGAUAAGAGAGCUCCUCUUCAGCCUCCUGUGAGGAAAGCACUUGCCGUUUUUAGCGGCAAGAGGAAUCCUAAUGAUAACCAUUUUUCUCGUGCCAAGCACUGAACUUCCCUGCACUUUUUGCUGCUGCUUUUAAAAUUCACUUAAAAGGGAUUUUGUACCGAUCUAAGCUGAUGAAAAUAGGGUUUUAAUGAGUUAAAGAUGUGAUCUACAGGCUUUUUGGGUAUUAUUUAGUGCCGAUGGCCUCUUAAGCUUUGUGGGAUUGUGUGUGGAAUUCAUUUGCAUGUCAUCCACCAGGAAAAUUUUUCCCACGGGCUUAGUAUAGUCCUUUGAUAGCAAAGUACGAGGUGUACGUAUAAGUGGGGCUUGGAAUGUGAUUUCAAUUUUCAUCAAUUUAAGGUUGCUUCAGUUUUUUUGUUCUAAA